CGGCAGGCGUCUUGAAGAAGAGGCUGAGGAGAGGCGGAGCUAUUACGUCGCGCCGGCUGCGUGGUGGCAAGCGGCUCAAGUCUCUGCAUAUUUACUCAUAACCUACAUUUGAUGCAACAUGAGUGUCCCAGACUAUAUGCAAUGUGCUGAAGACCAUCAGACGCUGCUCGUCGUGGUCCAGCCUGUUGGGAUUGUCCCUGAAGAGAGCUUUUUCAAGAUCUACAAACGGAUCUCCACAGUGAGUCAGAUAAAUGUCCGUGACUCUCAACGUGUGUUGUAUAUUCGCUACAGACAUCAUUAUCCACCAGAGAACAACGAGUGGGGGGAUUUUCAAACACAUCGCAAGGUUGUGGGGCUCAUAACAAUCACUGACUGUUCCUCUGCAAAGGACUGGCCUCAGACCUUUGAAAAAUUUCACAUUCAGAAGGAAAUCUACGGUUCAACGCUUUACGAUUCUCGGCUCUUUGUCUUUGGACUUCAAGGAGACAUCGCAGAACAAUCUCGUACAGAUGUGGCGUUCUAUCCUAGUUACGAUGAAUGUGAAAAUGUGGAGAAGAGAAUAGAAGACUUCAUUGAAUCUCUCUUCAUUGUAUUAGAAUCUAAGCGUCUAGACAGAGCCACUGAUAAGUCUGGCGAUAAGAUCCCGCUUCUCUGUGUUCCUUUUGAAAAGAAGGAUUUUGUAGGUCUGGAUACAGAUAGUAGACACUAUAAGAAGCGUUGCCAGGGUCGUAUGCGGAAGCAUGUUGGAGACCUUUGUCUUCAAGCUGGGAUGUUACAAGAUUCUCUGGUACACUACCAUAUGGCUGUGGAGCUUCUCCGUUCUGUAAAUGACUUUUUGUGGCUUGGAGCUGCCCUGGAAGGAUUAUGUUCAGCUUCUGUUAUCUAUCACUAUCCUGGAGGCACAGGAGGAAAAAUUGGUCCUCGCAGGGCACAAGGAAGCUCACUUCCUGCAGAGGCAGGUAACAGACACAGACCAGGGGCACAAGAAGUUCUCAUUGAUCCAGGUGCCCUUACUUCAAAUGGUAUCAAUGCAGAUACCAGUACUGAAAUAGGGCGUGCAAAGAACUGUCUUAGUCCUGAAGACAUUAUAGAUAAAUACAAAGAGGCCAUUUCCUACUACAGCAAGUACAAGAACGCUGGAGUGAUUGAGCUGGAAGCCUGCGUGAAGGCCGUGAGAGUCCUGGCAAUACAGAAAAGAAGCAUGGAGGCUUCUGAAUUCCUUCAGAAUGCUGUUUACAUUAACCUUCGUCAGCUGUCUGAAGAAGAGAAAAUUCAGCGCUACAGUAUUCUGUCCGAGUUGUAUGAACGUAUUGGAUUUCACCGCAAAUCUGCGUUCUUCAAACGUGUCGCAGCAAUGCAGUGUGUGGCACCCAGCAUAACGGAGCCCGGGUGGAGAGCCUGCUACAAGCUUCUUUUGGAAACCCUUCCUGGUUACAGUCUGUCUUUGGACCCUAAGGAUUUCAGCAAAGGAACUCAUCGUGGGUGGGCUGCUGUCCAGAUGCGUUUGCUUCAUGAGUUAGUGUAUGCAUCUAGAAGAAUGGGAAACCCAGCGCUUUCAGUCCGGCAUCUAUCUUUUCUCCUGCAAACCAUGCUAGAUUUUCUUUCUGAUCAAGAAAAGAAAGAUGUGACACAAAGUCUAGAAAAUUAUACGUCAAAAUGCCCUGGGACAAUGGAGUUUAUUACUCUUCCAGAUGGCUUAAAACUUCCACCUGUUCCAUUCACUAAACUACCCAUUGUAAGAUCUGUCAAGCUCUUAAACCUCCCUGUCAGCCUUCGACCACAAAAAAUGAAAAGCUUACUGGGCCAGAACAUGUCAACCAAAAGUCCUUUUAUAUAUUCUCCAAUCAUUGCUCACAAUCGUGGAGAGGAGCGAAGUAAAAAAAUAGAUUUUCAGUGGGUCCAGGGAGAUGUCUGUGAAGUUCAGUUGAUGGUGUAUAAUCCAAUGCCUUUUGAACUUCGUGUAGAAAAUAUGGGGCUUCUGACGACUGGAGUUGAGUUUGAAUCUCUCCCUGCGGCGCUCUCCCUCCCAGCAGAAUCUGGCCUCUACCCUGUGACGCUAGUGGGUGUUCCUCAGUCUGCAGGGCAGAUCACCAUCAAUGGUUACCAUACUUCAGUCUUUGGUGUCUACAGUGACUGCCUUCUGGAUAAGUUACCAGGAAUAAAAACCAGUGGUUGCACAGUGGAGGUCAUUCCAGCUUUACCUAGAUUGCAGAUUAGCACUUCAUUGCCAAGGUCUGCGCAUACACUGCAGCCGUCCUCAGGGGAUGAAAUCACCACCAAUGUGUCAGUCCAGCUCUACAACGGAGAGACCCAGCAACUUAUCAUUAAGCUGGAAAAUAUUGGAACCGAGCCUUUGGAGAAGCUGGAGGUAACGUCAAAAAUGGUCAACACAAAAGGAAAGUUGUUUGGAGAUUUUCUGAGCUGGAACCUAGAAGAUACACUUUCACAGUUUCCCCUGAAACCCGGGAAAAUUGCGACGUUUACUGUGAACAUUAAAGUGAAGCUUGAUUUCUCCUGCCAGGAAAAUCUCCUGCAAGACCUUAGUGAUGAUGGAAUUAGCGUGACUGGUCUUCCACUUUCCAGUCCUUUUCGACAAGUGAUAAAACCACGAGUGGAAAAUAAGCCUAUAAAUCCACCAGAAACAACCAAAGUUGGUGACUUUGGUAACUUGAAGACACUGGACGCCAUCUUGAAUUUCAAAUAUUCUGGAGGUCCAGGACAUGUUGAUGGAUAUUACAGGAAUUUGUCCCUUGGGCUUCAUGUGGAAGUGGAACCAUCUGUCUUUUUUACUCGUGUCAAUACCUUGCCUGCAACUAGUACCCGCCAAUGCCAUUUACUGCUUGAUGUGUUCAAUGCUACAGAGCAUGAGCUCACAAUCAGCGCAAAGAAUAAUGAAGAUCUAAUUUUGCAUGCUGCAGAAUGCCAACGUAUGGCGAUUCAAGUUGACAAGUUCAGUUUUGAGAGCUACCCAGACUCGCCUGGUGAAAGAGCUCAAUUUACAAAUCUGAAGCAGCUGGAAGAAGAGAGACAGCAGGCAAAAGGUCUGGAGAUCAACAGCAAGUUAGACAUUCUCUGGAAAAUUCCCUCUUUGAAGCGUGAAGGGGAAGCAAGCGUAGAAGGAGUUCUCAAUCAACUAGUCCUGGAGCACCUGCAAUUGGCGCCUCUCCAGUGGGAUGUGUCGGUGGAGGGAAAGCUGUGCGACUGUGAUAUCAUCGCCGACUGCAAGGUUGGAGACCCAGUACAACUGGAAGUGAAACUGACCAAUCUGAGCAAGCACAACGUGGGGCCCUUUGCUCUUACUGUGAUCCCAUACCAAGACUACCAAAACGGCGUCCACAAUUAUGAGUUGGAUGAUGCCAUCACCUUUGUUGGAUCCAAUACCUUUUAUAUCGAUACGGUGAAACCAACAGAGAACUCGGUGUGCAUCGGUGCCCUCCUUUUCCUCUACACGGGCGAUUUCUACUUGAACAUCAAAUUCCAUGAAGACAACUCCAGCAGGGAGCUUCCCCUCUCGUGGUUUUGCCUGCCCAGCGUUCACAUCCGUGCUGUGGAACCUGUCACCCAAACCAACCUGUAAAUGUACCGUACCAUAUUGCGUUAGCAUCCCCGCCCAGCACGAUGUGGCUCGUCCUCCGCUUGGUCCAGUGUGUCGCUUUCCGGUCUGAGAAUGUUGGUUGGUUUAUAGAGGUGCAUCCAAAUGCUUGCCCUCAUUGGCUGGUGAUAAUUCGGACAGCUGCAUUUGUGUAUUUGAAAAGACGUGAUUGAGUAUAUCGAGGGACUGGAUUUUCCUCAUUAGCAUACCAGAUAACGUUCUCCUUUGCUACAGUAACUGUUACUGAAAUAAAAUUUGUGGCUUUUGUUGUUAGUUACUAGGAGGUAGGCUUCAGUAGUAGCCUAGCAUUUGUCUAGCUGAGGGUUGUUAAUUGCUGUCUCUCAAUUUUCACUAAAGGCCCGAUGGGCUCCAUUUUCAAGCCACUUUCCUCUCUCCAACCUUUAGGAAUGCUAUAGCAUUUUUCAAAUGUACAGGAAAUACAGGUUAAGAAUAUGGCAUGGGUCUUCCCUUUGUCCUCCUGUAGGCUUUAGAUCAAUUCAGAAGACCACACUCACGUCUUAUGUUCAAUAUGUGUCCUUCCUUUUUUUUAGAUGGCUUAGAUGUAAUGUUGCCGUAAUUUGAGAGAUUUGCUGUGACACUUGGAUCCAGUUUAUUGCACCAUCAGUACCUGAGAUCUUGGAUUGUCCUGGAUUACCAAACAAAAAAGAAAUCUGAGCCCCGAUGGAACAUUCAAACCACUUGGCCCACUCACAUUCAAUCCAAUCCUGUACAAAUGGUUACCAAAGACUGAAAAUAAGUCCCUAUGCGGUUGAGUGAAAGGAUUCUCAGAACUCACCAGAACUGUUUUAAACACAGUUUGAGGCAAGGAAAAUGAAAUGUUUACACUGUGGAUGUAACUUUCUAGGGAGAAAUAUCCACCCAGUGGGAAUCUUGAAUCUUGUAUUUUCCACCAUUUCUCUUUCCCUUUUCCCCUACUUUUAUUUGUUGAAACACUGGAUCUUCCCAGCUAUGCAGUCAAUCUACAGAAUAAAACAGAUAGAGGGAUCUCAAAGUUAGGGAGAGUAGCAAGCUCAUGCAUUUUGAUAAAUAUCCUGCAUUCCAAUAAAUGCAGAACAAUCCAGGUCAUUUGUUAAUUUUUCUGUGCAAUAAGAACCUGGGAAAUCCAGGAGAGAAAUUCUGACCCUCGGAGAAGAAAGGUCAGUAAGAUACUAAGGAAAUGAGGUUGACUUGAGGAAUGUGCCUGUAACUUUUCAUUGUCAUCUGGACAUUUUUCAAAGCCUGCCUGGGGCUGGUUUAUUGGGUCGGUUUAGCAGGCAGAAUACUGAAUAUCUGACAACCAACUGCUAAUUAGAAGGAAGAGCUUAAGCAUGGUUUAUUCUUUGUGAUCAGAGUUACAUUUAGCUUAAUUAAUGUACUAAGCAUGGAUAAAACUUUCUUACUAGUGGUGGAUACCUUAUUCCUGAAUUUUCUUCAAGAUCUUUUAUUUCAAAGGGCAAUGUGUAGAGAACCCCAAACGUUAAUGUGUCUCACACUAUCCACAGACAAGGUUCAGUUUAUUUCAUUCCCACUUUUAACUUUGAGGAGAGGGGGGCACAUUUUUUCCAAAUUUCUUCUCAAUAACCACAACACAUUGUUAGGAGUCAGAAGUCAAAUCUGCACUGACUCCAGUCUGUGCACGCUUGAGCCUGAAUUAAACCAAAAGACAGUAUUGCACAGACUCCCCUGUAUAGCAGAGGAGCACCUCACAUACACCUGUGUCUUUUUCCAAAUACACAUAUUCACGUGUUCUCUGGUUGCUCAUUUCCCUGUGAUACUUCUACUCUGGCAAUCCAGAGGUCCUGGUGGUAUUACCUUUACUUAAAGUUGUGGAUCCGUACCUCUCUCCCAACCUCCCACCUCCCUGAAACAACACUCCUUAGUAGUCUGCGGCUCCUGGGCCAUGGAAAAUGGCAUUCUUAAAUGCAACCAUAGGUUGAUGGAAUUUGUACGUUAUCAUCUUCACUUCUCUUGGAUUUUACUAGAUUCAGAGGCACUAAAAAUCAACACAAAAAUUUGCUUUGGGUUGAAAGACUAUAGAGCUUUAGAAUGUCACAGAGACCACAGAGUUUGCUGAGAAUGGGGAAAUUAGGGAUAUCUGUAUUAACUCCACCAUUGGGUUACCAUCUCUGUCUCGCCCGCUAGUCUUUUGAGAGGCACCUUGAUCCUUCCAUGAGGGCGUUCACUAUGUAGUUUAACUCCUUAAGAUUCCUCAUCAGACACGUAUCAUUUUCGGAAACCCAUUCCUAGGUAAUCCUGCUCACUUGCCUGAACGGCCAGUAACAUUGCAAAGUGGGCAAGUUUUUCCUUUGUUUUCUGUGCUCUUUCAUAUACAAGCGGUUGCAACAACAGUUGAUGCUUGUCAGUCAUUAACAGGCUCUGGGUAAAAAGUGUCUUCUCUCCACUGCAUAGUCCAUCGUGUUUUUGCUCUCAGGGAACCUCGGCUCAUAAACUGAUAUUCUGCUUUGUGCAAGGGGACUUUUGCAAGUCUUUCCCCUUAGAGAAUCACAGCACCUAACCUUCUUUCUAACUUGUGCAGUUAUCUGCUUGCACAUACCUAACUGUGUGCGAGGUUGGAUAGUUGGAUAGUUUCUGAAAGCUGGAGGUGGUUUGUAAAUGUCUAGCUAGAAGAACGUUUCCUAUUGUGGUAUCAUUUCCCAGGACAUUGUUCUAAUUUUGUGGCUCCCUAAGUGUCAUGUCUUUUAUGUACAAGAGUCCACUGAAACAGCUUCAGUGAGAGAUGGUGCUUUCUCAAGCCCCUCUAAUCUCUGGCAGUGUCAGGAGAUUGUUUUCUUCCAAUUUUGACACAUAACGGGCCAUCUUGUCAAUCUGACAUCACCCCACUGAGAUGAAUUAAAUCAUUCUUUGAAAAGUUGCCGCAAACUGAGAACAUGCGUUGGCCUGUACUGGAGAAGCUUAAAUCAUAUGUAAGAUGUGCUUGCCAAAUAAAUAUUUCGCGUUGGUUGUUUACCCA